GUCCCGAUGUCGGCGGUCAAAUGAGCCAAUCGGCAGAGGGCAGGCUCGUUACCAAUAGGAUCAAAGAGUUUACGGAGCAGGGACGCGCCAUUGGUAGCUCCACCUAUCGGUCUUCGCCGCCGCGGCAGGGGGUUGGUUAGUGGGGAGGAGGGGGCGGUUUCCGGGGGCGGGGAAGGUAUAUUAGGGACGGACAAAGGCGGCGGCGAGGCCCUUUAGCUCGCCGCCAUUUUGAGCAGCGGGCUCUGAGGAGCAGCAGCGGCAGCCGGCGCGCCUCUCUUUCUCCGCCUUCCCCACCACACCAUGUCGCGGGAUCGGUUCCGUAGCCGUGGAGGCGGCGGAGGGGGCUUCCAUCGGCGCGGCGGCGGCGGCGGCCGCGGCGGCCCCAACCACGAUUUCCGCUCUCCGCCGCCCGGCAUGGGCAUGGGCCAGAACCGCGGGCCCAUGGGGGGCGGCCCGCAGGGCCCCGGCGGCCCGCCGGGCGGAGGCCCGAAGUCCGAACCGCCGAAGCCUCCGGCGUCGACCUCCACUCCGCCGUCCUCGUCCUCUUCGUCCUCCGCCACCACGGCGGGCCCCGCCGGCAGCCAGUCCGGCCCCGGGGCGCCUCCUCCGUCCGCCCUGCCCGCGGGGCAGCCGCCGCAGCAGCAGGCCCAGGGCUCCGCGCCCUCCUCCGCGCCCUCCGGCCCCGGGGGGCAGCAGCAGCCGCAGCCCAAGCCGAGCCCCAGCCCCACCCCGGCCGGCGGCCCUAAGAAAGGACAAGGACAGUCGCCCGGCGGCGGGCCCAAGGGGCCGGGCGGGCCGCAGCAGGGGCCGGGCGGGCCUCACAAGGGCGGGCCGGGCCACCGCGGAGGGCCGGGCGGGGAGCCGCGGGGCCGCGGGCAGCAGCACCAGGGACAGCAGAGCCUCUCCUCGCAGCAGGGCCCGGCCGGCGGCGACAAGCUUUCGGACGAGGGCUUUAAGGCAAACCUCUCACUGCUGAGGAGGCCCGGGGAGAAGACUUACACUCAGCGGUGCCGUUUGUUUGUUGGGAAUUUGCCCGCCGAUAUAACGGAUGAAGACUUUAAAAGAUUGUUUGCCAAAUACGGGGAGCCGGGAGAGGUUUUUAUCAACAAAGGAAAAGGCUUUGGCUUCAUUAAGUUGGAAUCUAGAGCUCUGGCAGAAAUCGCCAAGGCAGAACUGGACGACACCCCCAUGCGGGGCCGGCAGCUCCGUGUUCGCUUUGCCACGCACGCCGCCGCGCUGUCAGUGCGUAACCUUUCUCCUUACGUGUCCAACGAGUUACUGGAGGAAGCUUUCUCCCAGUUCGGUCCGGUGGAGAGAGCUGUUGUGAUUGUAGAUGAUCGAGGUAGAUCAACGGGAAAAGGCAUUGUUGAAUUUGCAUCAAAGCCAGCUGCCAGAAAAGCGUUUGAACGGUGUACUGAGGGAGUGUUCUUGUUGACGACCACCCCUAGGCCAGUUAUUGUGGAACCGUUGGAGCAACUGGAUGAUGAAGAUGGUCUUCCAGAAAAGCUUGCUCAGAAGAACCCGAUGUACCAAAAGGAAAGAGAAACUCCUCCCCGUUUUGCACAGCCUGGCAGUUUUGAGUUUGAGUAUUCCCAGAGAUGGAAAUCUUUAGAUGAAAUGGAAAAACAACAGAGAGAACAAGUGGCAAAAAACAUGAAAGAUGCCAAGGACAAACUUGAGAGUGAGAUGGAAGAUGCUUAUCAUGAGCAUCAGGCAAACCUCUUGCGUCAAGACCUUAUGAGGCGUCAGGAGGAACUGAGACGUAUGGAAGAACUCCAUAAUCAAGAAAUGCAGAAACGCAAGGAAAUUCAGCUCAGGCAGGAGGAGGAGCGUCGCAGACGGGAGGAGGAAAUGAUGAUCCGUCAGCGAGAGAUGGAAGAACAGAUGAGAAGGCAGAGGGAAGAGAAUUAUAGUAGAAUGGGUUAUAUGGAUCCCAGGGAGAGAGACAUGAGAAUGGGUGGUGCCACCACAAUGAACAUGGGAGAUCCUUAUGCUUCUGCAGCCCAGAAAUUUCCACCUCUUGGAGGUGGAGGCGGCAUAGGUUAUGAAGCUAAUCCAGGAGUUGGCCAAGCAGCCAUGAGUGGUUCUAUGAUGGGAAGUGACAUGCGUCCUGAACGCUUUGGGCAGGGAGGUGCGGGGCCUGUGGGUGGCCAGGGUCCUAGAGGAAUGGGGCCUGGAACACCAACAGGAUAUGGUAGAGGGAGAGAAGAAUACGAAGGCCCAAACAAAAAGCCCCGAUUUUAGAUGUGACCUGUAGUUUCAUUCCAGUUUGUUUUGUCUGUCUUGUUUAGACACCAACUUUUUAAUUCUUGCAUUUUAGUAAGAAAGCUACGUUUUUAUGGAUGUUAGAAACUUACUGACCUAAUAUUUGUAAGUGGUCUGUUUGGGCAAGUACAACUUAAUUAUGUAAUGCAGUGUUUCAAAACAAGUUUAGCUGUUUUUUUGAUGUAUAACAUCCCUAACUUGAUGGCAGUGUACAUUGUGCCACUGAAUUCCCAAAGUGUACCAACUUUUUUUUACUGUGCUUCAAAUAAAUAGAAAACUAAAUGUAGUAACUUUUCUUGCCAUUCAUGGUUAAAUUAAGAGGCUAAAUAUAAGUACCACACCUUCAGCAGUAAACUGAGACUCUUGCCAUAGAGAUCCAACUAGACCCAGGGUGUGGAACUGUAAUGAAGAGCUGAGAUCUCUUCCCAUAAAGCCUCUAGCUUAAGACUGGGACAAAUAGCUUAACUGCCCAGUAGGUGCAGAUUUUUGAACGUUGUGCUGCAAUAAGAAAGCAAAUAAAAAUCUUGCAGAUGCUGUCAGAUAACGGUAAUGAAAGCUACGCUGCAAGUAAUGCAGUAUGUAAAGCAUUUCUUAUCUUAGCUAUGGAUGAUGGGUGGUGGGAUGGUUGCACUUAACCACCUUGGCAGUUACUGCUUGAUACUUUCUAAAGACUUUAAGCAGAAGACUAGCAAUGGUUAUUUUAAAAUAAAUCCAUAGAAAGACUUGUAUUGACUGACUCCCUAACUUACGGGUUAUUAAUGAGAUAUUUAUAUGCUCUUAAGCUGUUUGAGAUUACAGGAUCUGGCCUUGCUCCGUAUUGUAUACCUGCCUGAAACUGCUUGGCAAAAAAAAAAAACCACAGAAGUGCUGCUCAAGUGAUUAGGAGAGAACCUGCUAAUUCAUACUUGUAACUUGCUUAUGUCCUCGUGCUAAUUGAGUGGACUAAUUUGCAUAGCUCAGAAUUCAAUUGUAUUAUGGGGGCUGCAGGAACUAGUCCUGAAUCUUGUAGCUGCUGGAUAAAUCAUAAAAGCCUGUAUGUAAAAUACAGAGAAAUGAGCAUUUUUGCACGAUGGCUAUUGUUAUUAUUGAUGUGUAGAGGUAAUGCAUCAAAAGCAGUAUCUAAAUCUGGAGUUAAUGCUGCACCGUACAAAUAAAUUCCCUUCAAGGCUGUUUUGUAGAUCUGAUGAAUUCGUUAGCUUGCUGUUAAUUUCAUUAACUCCCCUCAGGAGAAUUUCAAAGCAUUUUGGACUCAAGGUAGUUGCUUUGCUUAUUACUACAUUGUACCAGAUAAGCUGGGAACAUGACUUCCCAGCAUAAAAUGCCUUGGUGCUAAUGCAGGAUAUAUUAACCUGCUUAGCACAAAGUAGGUAGACUUAGCUGGCUGUACCUUCAUGCAAUUCCCCAACUACUGAGCGUUCUGUAAGUAGUUUCAAUCUUAACAGUGAUCUUUCCACUCCUUGUGCUAAGCAUUGGCUAAUUCUAAAUUCUGUGCUAAAUUCUCUGUGGUUAAAACUUCAGUGUCAGAUUUGCAGUAUCUUAGAGUGCAGAUGAUCGCUCGUGAAGUAUUCACUGUAAGUGCUGAUGCUCCUUAAAUGAAAAAAGUAGCAUGUUGUGAAAUACUGAUCACAGGUAACACUGACUGGAACAUUCAGUGCACGAAAUAGUGACUCAGCUGGUUUGGUGAAUGCUUUUUAUCUUCCCAGAAAAGUUUGGAGAUUGAUAACGUGCUAAGACAAUGAAUUGUAACUCAGGAAACUCUGAAUUGGCAGUUCCUGCACUGCAGACCAGGUAUUUGGGAGUACUUGUGUUGGUUAUUGAGCUUAAAAACAGCAGUCCCACUGCAAUUUGCUUUAAGUAGUACUAAAUAAUGCCUGUGUUUUCUGCAGGGUGUUCGUGGGACACCCACAAAAACGGAAGGUGUCUGAGAUGGGGAAUUCUGAACGUAAACAUUAAAUUAAUUUUUUCAGUUUAUUUUUCAGAUGACAUGUCAUUCUUUAUUAAAGAGAUGCUGGUGCAUAUCCUAAAGUAUGUUCUCUUGUAGCUCUGUAACUGAAGAGUGAAGGAUGCUGAUGUCCUUGUACCUUACAGAGGUUGUCUUUUGGUACCCUGUUUUGUACAUAAGCUACUGUUGCUAGCAUAGAUGAGUUGCAAAAACAAUGACUAUAGUAAAUAUAUAGAGAGGAUUUGGCAGUUUUCAAAAUACCUGAAAGCUUGGCUAAAUCUGGCUUGGUUGUAGCUACAUAAGCAGAAUUUCUAAAAUGAGUUCUGCUUUGAGUUGCACGUAUUCAACAGGCAUUACAAUUAAAUAGCCAACUUCAUUUCAAGACCUUUUAAAGAUAGUGUCUUAAAAGCUGGCGAACAUGUCAAUGUUAAAAUGUGAUAAAGUUAUUAAAUGUGGGAGGUGAGAAGGUCAUGUUCCUUUGAUCUGUUCCGAUGAGGUUUUGGACUUUUUUCAGCAAAUCAGAUUGAUAUAACUGAAUCAUCAAAACAACUAAGAAAAGUGCUUGGUUGGUCAGACCUGUUCCUGGAUGGGUCUGCCUUGCAUAACCUAAUUUUGUACUGGACUUGGAGGACAUUGGCUGUUGCAAUUUAGCUUUGUUUUAACAAAAUUUGAGCCCUUUUUGACACUUGUUACCUAAAAACUGCAGCAUGUAGAAACUGGUAUCUUCAUAUCUUCACACUUUCUCAAACGAAUAGAGAAUAAUCCCAUCUUCUGGUGUAGACACGUUACACUAAUCAUGUAUACAGCUGACGAGAACCUGAAACUGCUUUUGAGAUUUUGUGGUAUUUUUGUGGUAGAAAAAUUCUUGGCUUCUCCUUGGCAACCAUUUAUUGUGGCAGCAAGCUUUUGCUGGAGUUUCUGAGACUGCAAUUUACACUUAAAACUAGUGGCCUGCUACAUAACUGCACUUAGCCAGCAUUUCUGCAGUUCAUAACUGUGAGGAACGUAGUACCACAAAUGGCAAUGGACAUUAGGACCCGGAUGUAGUAUUCCUGCUUGCUCCAAGAUUCUCAUUGCCGACUGCAUACAGGUAGGUAACAAGCAAUAUAAUAUAACUUGGUGACUUUCUAUGUAAUCUUAUACUGUGGGUAUUCUGACAUCACACUUCUGACUGUGGAAUUACAGUGCAGCACUCUUCAUACCUGUAUGUUAAACUUGCAUCAAAGCUGCGUGGUUUUCGGUUUUAAGCUUUUUGCCUUGUUCAAAGCCAAUAAGCAACAACUUACUGUGAUUCUUAGCUAAGUGCUUUCAGACCCGAUUCCUUUGUACAUGUGACUCGGCUUGUGUGCAUUUUUCUCACUUAUGGUGUAACGAAGACGUUCUUGGAGGAGCUCUGUGGGGAAGAGGGAGCGUGAUCUUACACUCAGUUAACAAGUCAACCCAGUGCUCUCAGUGCAUAGAAAAGGAUCGUUCAGACUUUCCGUAGUGACAGAGUGGCCCAUUUGCAAUGCAUCCCUUGAUGUAGAGUCUUGGCUCGGUAGGGAAUGUGUUAGUAAUCACUGCUGUAGCCCUGUGUAAACUGGUAGCCAAAGCUCAGUAUCGUGGUCAGCUUUAGGAUGGAUUGGGAAUACUUCUCAGGACAUACAUGUGACUGCUUGAAUGAAUAUCCCUGUAAAAAGUUCAGUAGAGCUUAUUGGACAUCUCAGUUGUCUUUAAUUAAUCCUUGAUAGGCAAACAAAGCACAUUUCUCUGCCUUCGACAGUGGUGAGAUUCUAUAUUUCUGCCUCUUAGUCAUCUUGGUAGCGUAACGCUCAACUUCAUUUUUCAUCUGUCUUGAGGAUGUGAUUCUAAACUCUUCAUUAAUAGGAAUGCUGAAUGUAGUGUUUCAGGAUUAACAUGUUUAUGUUUCCAGACAUCCAGACAUGCUGAUCUCCAGCUCUUUUGCAUUAGUUCUUGAACCUGAAUUUCAAGGUCCCUUGUUUCAGCACACGACCUGGCUCGUCUGAUCAGCUUUUUCGGAGAUGCUGUGAUGUGUUUUCCCAUUUGAUCUGCAAAGUUCUGCUUUGCAUACUCGUUUCUGGUAUUUUGCACCAAUCUGUGUUAUGUUCAAGAAAAUGCUCUUGCUGUUCAACAUGCGAUCUGCUGGACAGCCUUGCCCUGCUGUAGUUAGCUUACAGUGUUCCUCUGAAAGCAGCCAGUGCACCUUAAAUCUCAAGAAUGCAACGAUAGGCCUUUGUUUAGAGCACAGUGAGUGUAGCUCAAAUCUAUCUAACCAAACAGGGACACAGUUUGUCACAAAGUCAGCUUGAUUUUUUUUUUUCGGUGAUGGCUUACUCUAAACCUGUGACUGGAAUUCAGCAGCAAAACUGCUGACAGUGUGCAUACUGUCAUGUAGUAAAACUGAACUAUUAAUCUUUAAACCGAUGCUCAGAUCUCAGUAGUAUUUCCAGUGUGCUCUGGACACUUGACUUUACCUGCAGAAAUGUCGUGGAGGGGUUAUUGGCACAUCUGCUCUAUUCUACAUACUUAAACUUAGUAGGGUUUUGACACUCUUGGAGCAAGCAAUCUGUGACUGAACCAUAGGUCUCAUACCAGCUCUGACUGCCUGCAGUAGUGAAACUUGGUGUGGUAGAUAACUGAAAAGCCAGUCUGUAACAAGCGCGUACCAACAAAUGGCAUUAAAGUGCUUGCAUUGUGUUUCAUCUUGGUUUUAUAUCUUGGUGUGAAAUACACUUUUUCUCAAAAAGAUUAUCUGAAGCUCAGAAGUGUGGUGUCAGAAUACAUAUGCGUACCUGUUAGGCCCUCAGACCAGAUUCUGGUGCUGUCAGGAGAGCACAGCAUAGCGUGUAUGGGGGCUUUACUGUAACAUUAAGCAUACAAAGUGUUGAUUUGCUUGCAGUUUUCCCCAUAGCUAAACACUGAGGCCUGUGAGUAGUUUUAGGACUUCAGCAGUAAUGGGGUUGCAUGUCUCUGUUAAUCAUUGCCAGCUGCAGUGACAUGAUCAGGAAGGCCAGUGUUCUGUUCCAUCAUGUUAAAUAAGGCUAAGCAUGUUAGAAAGGAUGCAUAAAAAGUAUUGCUGCUCUGACUAAUUACUUGGCUUCUCCCACUGCUAGGAAGUUUGGAAUCGGCUAAUUAGCUUCAGAUUUUUUUCUCUCCAUACCAGCUAGUGGGGCUCUUAAAUAGCUACUUACUGGAAAAGGAAAAAAGGGAGGAUUGGCCUUCUCCCACUUCUGUCAUUGCUGCUAGAUAAUGAUUGACAUGUUAGGACUUGGCUGUGCAAUCCCGCAGUGGUCUGUGAAUACCCCAUCUCUAUAAAUGUUGCUUCUGAACACCAGUACUGAAGAGCUAACUGGGAGGGCUGGGAGGAGUGUGGCUAUAUAAGUGAAUCUGGAGUGUUAAAAGGAUGCACAAAGAUAUAGUAUCCCUUAUGCAUGGUGUUUGUUGCUAUGGCAUAGAAAACAAAACGUGCAUACUAUAUUUCUGCUCCCGAGGGCCAUGAUAAAACCCAGGUGGUGGGUUUGAGACUAAACUUGAACUUUUCCCUACCUGGUCAAAUCCCAUUGUGACCAUUGUGAUUUGCCUCCCACCUUGAGGUGUGCACAGAACGUUGUACUGCUACAUCCCUAGUUGCUAACCAUCGAAGUUUGCCCUCAAUUAAGCUGUAAGUAAAAGGGGGGUUGUCAGAAGGGAAGAAGCUGUUGCUUAGAAAAAAAGCAGUAGACUUAUAGUGCUAAUCUCUAGUGUCUUCCUUUGGCUUUUGAAGCACUUCUAGGACUAUUGAACUGGGGGCUGCUAGGAGUAAGGGGCACUGCACUCCUUCAUGAAGCAGAAGGAAGAGGGCAUUGUACAGGAGACAAACUAGGCUCAAAUAGAAGUAGUAGCUUGAUUGGAAUCCUUAAUGCCUUCACAUAAGGGAUAGUAUACCUCUGGCUGCAAUCAAACUUCAUUGUACUCAGACUGGUGAUUUACGGUUUGUGCUCUGACAAGGUGCAGUUCUUCAGUCAACUACAUGCAUAUUCCUUCACUUCUUCACAAGUGCUUAGGCUAGCCUAUUUCUGCCCCUUAUUCUUCCAUUUAAUAUUUUGGAAUAGUUUGUAAAUUCCCCUUCAUAACUAAUCAGUCCAUGUAUCUUAAAUCUUUGCUUUUUAAGUUAGUUUUGAAAUGGUUACAAGUUUCUGUAUGUUAUUAUAAUAACUUCACUUGUUAUCCUUUAGGUGAAGAUGCGAGCUGAGUGAAACUGGCGUGCUCAUCCAUGAGAAUUCAGGAGCUGAGCAUGAGCACAUCCAGCCUGAUGUCCCGUGAUAUGUGAGUGGACCAAGGUACCAAGGGAACAAAAGAAGAUGAAGCCCAAAUGCAGUGAAGAGGAGCCAGGAACGUUCUAGGAGUUUUUAAAAAUAAAGUAUUUGAAUUUUC